UACUACAGGCUCUGAUAUCGCGUUCUUUAACACGAUACAAAAUCAUAAUAGAAAUGGCUUUACUUCAGCUGCUUACAUUUGUCUGGUUUUUUGGAAUUGUGGUAACGUCACAUGACAUUUGUCGCAGCGAUGAAGCCUUUUGUAUAGGUCAAUGCUGUAAUUCUACGGAUUUCUAUCGUGUGAAUAUAAAAAGAUGUGAAUUGAUAAGAAAGUAUUUUAAUUUCUCUUAUGAAACAAAACUGAGUGCCUUCAAAGGCGACCAAAGAUUUAUGAAUCUUUUAUUACAAUUUUGGCAUGACAUCAGUACGCCAUGUCUGAAAGCGAAAGAUGUGCACUCAAUGUGGCAUAUUGGAUAUCAACGCUCGCCCAAAAAACUCGACCACGUACCGCAAUAUUGUUUUAAACGUACUGAAGAUGAAAACGGGCUUAUUGCUGUUAAACCGUUGGAAUGUGCUGAAAAGCAUAACAGAUAUCGUUAUGCACGAUAUGCUAUCCUCAUUGUAUGA